UGGCGCCCACGCGCUCCUGUGAAUCACAGAGAAACAGCGAGAUAGUCACAGUCCCACGCAUGCGCAGUCAAUAAUAAACCGCUGCUGACCGUGCAAGCAAAAGUUUAACAGUGUGCUGUUCCUCGUAUUUUCACAGUGCUUCCUGCCCUGUGAACACCUUGUGCCGACCCAGAUAACCCCUAGGUCUGAGGCCGGUAACAAUUGGGGGCUCGUCCGGGAUAACAGCGCCACCUAGGAGGGAAAGAGUGAACUGCCACGGCGAGAACCUGUGUCUAAAGCUUCAGGGAAGGCUGCAUUGCUGUGCGUCAUCCAGAGAGUAGAGGCCACGGGUGCUGAAGAUGGCUCCCACCCCAACCCCACGACGGCUGCUGAUAUUCACCAUACAGAAGAGACUCCUAGCUUUGAGUUCUAGUCAACUACAGACUGUCGCCAGUGCAGUUGAUGACGACAGAGAUGUGGAGGACCUGGCGGCACUCAGUGAACCAGAACUGUUUGAUUUGAUUGUCGACUACCUGAGAAGUGAAAAGUUGAAAGGAAUGGAGGACGAAGGAAUGUCUCAAAUCCUUCCCCUCAACGACAUGAUCGAUGACAUGCUACGUGCCCCGGAUGGAGGAGACGUUGUGGGAGGAGCUGACCGUGGAGACGCUGACGUGGGAGAAGAAGCCGCAGCUGCAUCUCUCCAGAUGGAUGACACAGCGACUCAUCAACAGACCAGCCCCUCUACAGCAACCAUGGACAGUAACCUGCUGUCCCCAUCCAGAGAGAGAGACCCUCACACACCUCAACCGACCAUGGACAGAGGCAACAACGCACCAACCAGGAACCUCGUCACCACAUCGCCAGCCCGAUCCGUCACCAACAGUGCAGGUGGUGUCCCUCCUGGCCGUGCCAGUACGUCCUCCAGUAUUGGUGAGCAGGUGGUGAGAAUUACCGAUGUAGCCGCUCUGUUUCCACGUAGAGAAUUUAAACUUUAUGGUGGUCAGAUUUCUGACACAGGGUCUGACAUGUCAUACAGUAGCCUUUGUAAACAGAUGGAUGAAGGGUUACGAGAAGGGUUUAGUGAGUCAGAGGUUAUCCGCACUGUGCUAAAGAUAACUAAGCCUGGUACAUUCAGGGAUAUGCUAACUAACAAAGAAGACCUUACCAUGAGUGAGUUAAAACGCUUUCUCCGUUCUCAUAUCAGGGACAAAAACAGCACUGAGCUUUUUCAGGAGCUUAGUACUGCUAGACAGCAAGACAAAGAGGGCCCACAGCAAUUUUUGUACAGAAUUAUGGGUCUAAAACAGAGAGUUGUUUUUGAGUCACAACAGCCAGGUGCAGAUUUUUGUUAUGACAGAAAGCUUGUUCAGGGUACAUUCCUUCACACACUCUACCAAGGGUUAAAUGAAAAAAAUAACCAUGUCCGGUGUGAUCUCAAACCUUUCCUCGCCGACUUACAGGUUAGUGACGACCUUCUCCUCGAACAGAUCACUAAGUCCACAAGUGAGGAGGCAGAUCGGUUAAAACGCCUUGGUACUGUGACUAAACACCGACCAGUGACUGUAAGUACAGCUCAGACUGACGAGACUGACCAGACUAAAAAGACUGACCAGGCCAAACAGACCAACGUUGACUCUGAAUUACAGGCUAACCGUGCUGCUAUUCUAGAGCUGACCGCACAAGUGACCUCACUGACCAAACACUUUGCCCAGGUUGUCAAACCCGCAGAGACUGUGACUCCCAUUAGCCACUGUCCAACCCCGACUCGACCCUCAACGCGACCCCAGACAUCGUCUGAGACCAGGGGCAGAUGUCAAGCGUGUGUGCAGAAGAACAUAAAGAGCUGCCCUCACUGCUUCGCCUGUGGUCAGGAAGGACAUAGAAAAGUUGGCUGUCUACAAAGGAAGGCAUCGGGAAACGGGAGGAGGUCACUGGAGUGAGGCUGCCAGUGACCGUCGCCAGUAACAAGCCUCCAGUACAGUGCUUCCUGCCCUGUGAACACCUUGUGCCGACCCAGAUAACCCCUAGGUCUGAGGCCGGUAACACUUG